AGCGCGAGGUCUCACAUACGGAGUAAACGUUGCCGCCGGUGGAGAGAAUAAAAGAGGGUAUUCGUCCCGCUGUCCCUCAGCAGACGCAUCAAUCAACAUGAUCCCCAUUGUGCUGGCCUCGGUGCUCAUUGCUGGUGCCCUCGGGUGCGGGAAACCGCCCGUGGAGCCGCUGGCGUCCCGUGUGGUCAACGGCGUGGAAGCCAGGCCUCACAGCUGGCCCUGGCAGAUUUCGCUGCAGUAUGACAAGGAUGGCGAGUGGAGGCACACUUGUGGGGGAUCUCUAAUUGCCUCCAACUGGGUCAUGACUGCUGCCCACUGCAUCAACUCCAAGCUGUCCUACAGAGUGUUUGUGGGUAAACACGACCUGGUUGAGGAGGAGGCCGGCUCGCAGGCCAUCCGACCCGAGAAGAUUAUCGUCCACGAGAAGUGGAACCCCAUCUUCGUGGCCUUCGGUAACGACAUCGCCCUGAUCAAACUCUCGCAGCCUGUGAGUGUGAGCGACCAGGUGCAGUUUGGGUGCAUCCCCCCUGCUGGCACGGUGCUGCCUAACCUCUACCCCUGCUACAUCACCGGAUGGGGCCGACUGUCCACCGGAGGCCCCAUAGCUGAUAAGCUGCAGCAGGCUUUGAUGCCUUUGGCCGACCACGCCACCUGCUCCCAGCCUGACUGGUGGGGCAUCGCUGUCAGGGAAACCAUGGUGUGUGCCGGUGGGGAUGGGAUCGUGGCUGGAUGCAACGGCGACUCCGGUGGCCCCCUGAACUGUAAGAACAGCGAGGGCGUGUGGGAGGUGCACGGCGUCACCAGCUUCGUCUCUGCCCUCGGCUGCAACUACGAGAAGAAACCCACCGUCUUCACCCGAGUCUCCGCCUUCAACGACUGGAUCGACCAGGUUAUGAUGAACAACUAAGAAGACGUGCGAAUAAAAGUAUUAAUGUCUCAGUA